AUGGACGCGUCCACUCAGGUGGUUACUAGUCGUUCGUCUCAUUUGACUUGGUCUCUACUUGGAAAACUUUUUGGAAUUCUUAUACCGGAAAAGAUCCAUUUGUAUGCUUCAGUGGAAAUAUGUUUCAUGGAGAAGCAAACACAUGAUCGAGAAGAGGAUGGAGACGUGGGCGAUAAGGAUGAGUUGUUGACGUCGUUGUUGAAAAGCACUCGAUGUCGAGGCAUGGCCUCGGUAUCGCAAGGUGUGCUGCCAACAAAUAGUUCACGAACAUCGAUCAACGCCGGUGUGAAACGAUACAAAUUCAAAACCACUGAAUCAUUGCACAGGCCGUCAGAGGCUGAUUCACGCAACUAUCAGGCAGCAGUGAACUGUGCUCGUGUCAGUUUUGAUGCGGACAGAAGCGUUGAGCAAUUAUGCCGUUCGUUACUCGACAUCCACUUUGAUCGUUCCAAUUGGGACGUUGUUCGAGAAGAAGAAUACACUCAAAGGUUCGUUAAUUGA